AUGGUCGUCUUGCGCAGUGGCUUGCUUGUCUCGGCCUUGCAGAUAUGCCUUUGGGCCAUCGUCUCCAAGGAGGUCGCCUGCAGCUAUGCAGACAACAUAACUCUUCCACAAAGAUACGGAUUCGUCGCCUUCCGCGCCUUUGAGUCUCUUGACCUCUUUGGCCCGCUCCAGGUGCUCGCCAUGCUGGCAAAGCUGCACCGCAUCGACGUUUCCAUCAUUGCCGAGUCUAUGGAGCUCGUCACUACCGAGCCGGUGAUGGCAGCGAUGAAUCCAACAAACUCAAGCGUCUACCCUCGCAUCGCGCCGACGCAUACAUUCACCAACGCCCCAUCGGAUCUUGAGGUCCUCAUCAUCCCGGGCGGCUUGGGGACGCGGUCGCCUAACGCGGGGGAGCUGGUGCAGUUCGUCAAGGAGACGUACCCGCGGCUGCGCUACCUCAUCACCGUCUGCACGGGCGCCGCCUUCGCGGCCAAGGCGGGCCUGCUCGACGGCCGGCGCGCCACCACCAACAAGCGGUCCUGGGCCGAAACCACGGAGCCCUGGGCCGGGACCGUCCGGUGGGUGCCCCGCGCGCGCUGGGUCGAGGACGGCAACGUGUGGACCAGCUCGGGCAUCUCGGCCGGCAUCGACGCCACCCUCGGCUUCGUCGCAAAGGUCUAUGGCCAGGCCAACGCCACGCAUGUGGCCAACUUGAUGGAGUACGGCUGGCACGAGGACCCGAGCUGGGACCCGUUCUCGGAUGCCUUUGACGUGCCAGGGAGGGACUAG